CUCCACUGCUCUCUUCAUCAACAGAGGGACAGCAGCUGAGGAAACUUGAUAGCACUCCAUCCCCUUCUUUUCUCCUUUUCCUUUUUUCUUAAUCUUUUUCUUCUCUCUAUCCCUUCUUCAUUCACCAGCAGCGAUGUAGUCCUCUCUCAAACUUUAGAAGCUGUUGCAAUGAAGUCUUGACUGACAUCCGUCACUCUUGGACCUCUAUGGAUUCAUUCACCGGUUCUUUUUGAAAUCUUUCCAGAGUCACCUCUCUUCAUUCUUCUUGUGUUUACCUUGUCGGUGUGCUUGGAUCAUGGCCAUGAAGGAAACAAUACUUCCUAUCAGCGAGGUGUCGAGUCCGUACCCGGAGGUUGUGGAACUCAACGUUGGUGGCCAGGUGUACGUCACCAAGCGCUCCACCUUGGUCAGCGUACCUGACACCACCCUCCACACCAUGUUCACGCGGUGCACCCCGCAUGAGCUGCCACGUGACAGCCGAGGACGAUUCUUCAUCGAUAGGGAUGGAUUCUUGUUCCGAUAUGUGCUGGACUUCCUACGAGAUCGCCAGCUUGUGCUGCCCGAACACUUUCCAGAGCGGGAGCGCCUUCAGCGCGAAGCAGAGCAUUUCCAAUUGGGGGAACUGCUGAGACUUCUGGGCCCACGUGUAGCCAAGCAAGGCUCUCUCAACGAUGAAGGCUGCCAGAGUGAUAUUGAGGAAAGUUCACAGAGUAGUGAGUUGGUGACUCGAACUGGACACCAUGCCACCAAUUACGCAACUACUUCUUCCACGUUGGACAAGAGGUCAGGGUUCAUUACCAUUGGUUAUCGGGGAUCCUACACAAUGGUAAGGGAUAAUCAAGCAGAUGCAAAGUUUCGACGCGUAGCACGGAUCAUGGUCUGUGGGCGCAUCGCCCUGGCAAAGGAAGUGUUUGGGGACACUCUAAAUGAAAGUCGGGAUCCGGAUCGCCCACCGGAGAAAUACACCUCCCGCUUCUACCUGAAGUUCACCUACCUGGAGCAAGCAUUCGACAGGUUGAGCGAGGCUGGGUUUCAGAUGGUGGCCUGCAACUCUACAGGAACGGCUGCAUUCGUUAACCAGUACAGAGAUGACAAGAUCUGGAGCAGCUACACAGAGUACAUCUUCUUCAGACCCGCCUGCAAGUCAGCAUCCCCUAAACUGGAGCGCAAGUCCGAGAAACUGCUGGAUAAGGCCAGCGAAAGCGGAGCCUCUUUGAAUGAGCUUUCCACAUCCAGCUCCGAGACCCACUCAGAGGCCACGUCUCCCCAGGACGGAGGCCCCAUCCUGGUGUCCCGCGGUGAGGUUGUUGGAGGCUCUCUGGCACCUUGUGGUGCCCUGCAUUCUGUAUCUCGGCCUCCGAGCACUCUUACUCUGGGACGACCGCCCAAGAAAGGCUCCUCCGUGCAGUGGAUGGAGCUUCCGGAUAAGAGGAGAAACAGUGAGCUGUUUCAGUCCCUCACCAGCGGGGUAGGUCCACGGGAAGGCGGAGGAAGCGGUCUAACCCGGAGGAAGACUCUGGAAAGACCCAGUGCAGAGGAGGAAAUGAAACAGUGUAUCCGAGAUUUUCGAAAGAUCAAGAUCCCUCCGGCGUUCCCAGAACGCAAGCGGCAGUGGCAGUCGGAACUACUUCAGAAAUACGGCCUAUGAAGAUAACUACGGUAUCUGACCUGUUCAUACAAUAGGCUUACUCAACAAACUUUAAUCCUUAAAGGCCUUGUUCUACAGUGAGAAACCAAACAAGAGAGUAUUGGAAACAUACUCUCAUGUUGGUGAGAAGGAACUAGAAACACCCUACUUUGCUUCAUUAUCAUUCAGAUUGACAGUGCCAACUGUUUCGUUAAACUAGACUUUACAUGCCUACCAAACAGUGGUGAACUUGAGGAAAAGCCAUUCCAUCUGGAGACAUCCAAAUAAACAUUAACAUCUUCAGUAAGUUCUGGAAACAGGGAUCCUAUAUCUCUAUUUAAACUUUCUUCAACUCUCAAAUCAAGUAUGUGUGGUGUCCAAUAGAAAGAGCACACAUGACGCAGAUUUGACUUACUGUAAAUGCGGAGGUCUACAUACGUACUUUAUUAGGGCUACCAAACAAUUUACAAAUGUAAUCCAAAUGACCAUAUGCUUAUUAACUGAUUCAUUUACAAUUGUUUGGCAUUUCUUAAAGUCGGUGUGAAAUGACAAUGUUUAUUUUGCUAGCGAACCAUGUUAUUCUUUAGAUGAGCGAUUAAUUCGUGACGUUUAAAAAAAAAUUUUGUUUAAGUAAUCUUCAAUCAGAGUCGAACCAUUUGCUUCCACAUUUGGGGUGUUUGCUAUGAUCUGAGAUUUUCGAAAGAUCAAGAUCCCUCCUCAUUUCCAAAACACAAACGGCAGUGGCAGUCGGAACAGAAAUACAGCUUAUAAAGAUAACUUGUGUUUUAACUACCGUAUCUGGUCAUGCAGUAGACUACCCAACAAACUUCAAUCCUUAAUAUGCCUCGUUUUACAGUGAGAAAAACCAAACAAGAGAGUACUGGAAACAUAAAGAGAGAACUAGAGCCAACUAAACACCCUACUUUGCUGUAUUUUCAUUCAGAUUGAUAGUGCCAUCCAUUUCGUAAAACUAGAUCUUAAAUGCCGACCAAACAGUGGUGAACUUGAGGAAAAGACAUUCCAUCUGGAGACAUCCAAAUAAACAUUAACAUCUUCAGGAUGUUCUGGAAAUAGGGAACCUAUAUCUCUAUUUAAACUCUCCUCGACUCCCAAAUUAAGUUUGUGACAUACUGUAAAUGCGGAGGUCUGCAUAUGUACUUUAUUAGGGCUACCAAACAAUGUACAAUUGUAAUUCAAAUGACCAUAUGCUUAUUAACUGAUUCAUUUACAAUUGUUUGGCAUUUCUUAAAGUCGGUGUGAAAUGACAAUGUUUAUUUUGCUAGCGCACCAUGUUAUUCUUUAGAUGAGCGAUUAAUUCGUGACGUUUAAAAAAAAUGUUUGUUUAGGUAAUCUUCAAUCAGAGUCGAACCAUUUGCUUCCACGUUUGGGGUGUUUGCUAUGAUCUGAGAUUUUCGAAAGAUCAAGAUCCCUCCUCGUUUCCAGAACACAAACGGCAGUGGCAGUCGGAACUACUUCAGAAAUACAGCUUAUAAAGAUAACUUGUGUUUUAACUACAGUAUCUGGUCAUGCAGUAGACUACCCAACACACUUCAAUCCUUAAUAUGCCUCGUUUUACAGUGAGAAAAACCAAACAAGAGAGUACUGGAAACAUAAAGAGAGAACCAGAGCCAACUAAACACCCUACUUUGCUCUAUUAUCAUUCAGAUUGAUAGUGCCAUCCGUUUCGUAAAACUAGAUCUUAAAUGCCUACCAAACAGUGGUGAACUUGAGGAAAAGACAUUCCAUCUGGAGGCAUCCAAAUAAACAUUAACAUCUUCAGGAUGUUCUGGAAAUAGGGAACCUAUAUCUCUAUUUAAACUCUCCUCGACUCCCAAAUUAAGUUUGUGACUU